UGGAAGAUAUGUAAUUUAUCGUGUAUAUUUCUAAAAAUAUACAGUAUUAAGCGCGAGAAGUUAUCGACCAACAUGAAAGUAAACAACACAUAUAGAAAUAUGAGGUUAUGAUACGGAUUUCGUAACUGAAAAUUUUGACAAAUUAUUUUUCUAUUCUAUUAAUCCUUUCAUUCUGAAGUAUGGCACGUUCUUCAGUGUCGGCCCAGUGUGAUUUAGUCGCAUCUUACAUGGAUGGGGUUCACGUCAAAAUUGCAGAGGCUUAUAAACCGCCGAGAAAAGUGUGUUUACCAGCUGCAUAUAACAAUAAGCUGCCUGACAUGUCAAAACUAACUUAUAACUUUAUUUUGGAGCGAUCAGUACUUGAAAAGAUGACAGAAUGGCGUAAAGUUAGACAAGCAAAUAACAAAGCACGCCAUGCACGAUUAGAUGAGAAGAGAAAGAAAGAAAAGAAAGAAUUUUCACCUCCCCCACCACCUCCAUUACCUGAUAACGUAAAACAAUUACCUGUAAAUGCACCUGUGCCUGAGACAACGAUUCUUACUCCACAGCCUUUAUCUCCACCCGCCAAUGAUCUUCAAGAUCAUGUGAAAACAAAUGGACUGGAUUUUGCUGAUUUUGAUAAUGAUACAAGUAGCCCAUUUGAUAAUAUGGAAUUAAAAACUAUAAAUGAUAUGGAAGAACUUGCUCAGGUGUUACAGCCUACAUCUCAAUGGGCGUCACCAGCGAAAUUAGAGAAUAUAAUGAACGAUUUAACUGUUAAUGAUCAAUCUGAUGUUCAUUCGGACGAAAAGAAUGAUAACAUUAAAAAUGAAGCAAGCGAUCAAGAAAAAGAAAAUGUACAAGAAACUGUUAAACACCGUAGUGUGUCCACAAUUGUACAGGAAUUACAAAGGGACUUGGAAAGACCUUAUUUGGAUAGUCCUAAUACCAGUUCUCAUGAAACGUUAAAACAAGAAGAACCAGUGGCAACAAAUCAAGUGACUCUAAUGAAUUUGUUAUUGAACUUAACAGAGGAGGAUAAAAAGUUAGCUCGCCAUUUGAGUGAUAUGGGAUUUCCCUUGUCAAGAGCCGCUCGCGCCAUACACGACCUAGGUGGUCAAGAUAAUAAGAAAAUUGUUGAGUACUUGCUGACUGUGCAGUCUUUAGAGGAGAUAGGAAUGUCUGGAGAGGAUGCCGAAAAAGCUCUUGCCCUUACAGAGUAUAAUCAAGACAAAGCCAAAGCUUACUAUGAAAAUCUUUGUACUUUACGAGAUUUAGGUUUCCCCGAAGAAGAAGCGUCUGCAGCACUUCUAAAAUGCAACAUCGAUCGCGAUAGAGCCUUAGAUUUUCUUAUAGCUUGAAUGCAAGACUAUGUUCUAAAUAAUUGAGAGGAAUGGUCUAUACAAAUUUUUUUA